AGUUUUGUCAAAAAUAAAGAUGGCGGCUUCCGUGGGUACAAGCAAGGCUACGGAAUUAUCCAAAGCAGAGUACCUGAAACGUUAUUUAUCUGGUGAAGACGCAAAAAAGUCGAAGGGAAAGGUUAAAAAGAAACGACCCAAAGCUCAAGGAAGAGGGCUUAAAAUAGUUGACGAUGACAUAGAUUGGAGACAGAUUGCUAAAGAAUCUAAAGACAAAGAUGAAGAAGAUGAUGAGGAAGCUCCUGUGAUUGCCGAAGUGAUUGAUGAGCGACCAGAAGAAAUAAAACAGCUUGAAGUUUUUAGAUCUAGUAAUAGAUGGAAAAUUAUUGGAGCUGAUGAAAAUGAGGGCGACGAAGAUGGAAAUGAACAUAAGAUUGAAAAUUCUGAGUCCACUGCAUCAGGCAGGACUCGCCAUGACUCUCCCGAUAUUUCACCUCCAAGACAUGUUCGUCAUGACUCCCCAGAUGCUUCUCCUCCAAAAAGAAGUCGCCACGAUUCUCCCGAUAUCUCCCCUCCCAGGAGAACCCAACGUGAGUGCGGCUCAAGUCAAAAGCAUUCACCUAAAAAUCAACGAUCAUCACCAGGAAGGAAGAGACAUGACUCGGACUCUGAUCAGUCGCCUCCUCGAAAAAAAACAGUGAGGAGAGAAGCUUCAGACUCUGACCAGUCUCCACCAAGACACCCAUCCAGAGUAAGACAACAUUCAGACUCUGAUCAGUCUCCACCAAGACGACGAUCCAGAGCAAGACAACAUUCAGACUCUGAUCAGUCCCCACCUCGAAAACGACCUCAGAGUAGAAGAAGCUCAGAUGAAGAUCUGUCACCUCCACGUAGGCCGGGGCAGUCACAUAGCCAGAGAAUGCUCUCUGGUGGAAAAGCUGGUCUUGUUUCUGUGGAUGUUCUGAGGAGAGAGCAAGAAGAAAACAGACGCAGAGACAGAAACAACCAACCGUUAGAAGAUGAAUCACGCAACGCACAGACCAUUUUUCGAGACAAGAGUGGGAAAAGAAGGGAUCUAAACUCUGAGAGAGAAGAACAGAAAAAGAAAGCAGGAGAACAAGCAGCAAAGGAUGAAAAAUAUGCUCAGUGGGGAAGAGGCUUGGCUCAGGGUCAGAUGCACCAACAGAGACUUGAAGAUGCCUUGCUUGAAUCCCAGAAACCUCUGGCACGGCAUUAUGAUGAUGAGGAUUUGGACAAAAUGUUGAGAGAACAGGAACGGGAAGGAGAUCCAAUGGCUGCAAUGCUUAGACGCAAGAAGGAUCGCAAUUUAAAGGCACAGGGUGUUAAAGAAAAACCUCGGUAUAAAGGCCCAGCGCCACCUCCUAAUCGUUUCAACAUUCUCCCUGGUUAUCGAUGGGAUGGAGUUGACAGGUCAAAUGGGUUCGAACAGAAACGCUAUGCGAGAAUGGCGGAUAAGAAGGCGGUUCAAGAAGAAGCUUACAAAUGGAGUGUAGAGGACAUGUAAUGACUAUCUAAACUUUUUUUUAAAGGAAAAUGGUCUCACUGUACAAAGUAAAGUCACGGCACGUCAAAGGACUUUGAACAUCAGGAACAACCAUGCCAAAAGGCAGAUCAGUUUCUGUAUAUACCUGAUUUUUGAGAAAUGACAUUUUAAAAAUACUUUCUUGGUGUUUUAUAAAAAAUUUGUUUGGAAAAAACCCCAAAACUUUCCACUGAACAUAUUUUUACAUACAAUAUUGGUUGUUUAGUAUAUAAAAGUAGGCCUACUGUAUAUUCAUAUUGCUAAAAUUAAAAUGUUAAAAGAAACCGGUCUUAAAACACAUCUGAAGUUCUGUUAAAUUCGAUUGUAUCAUUUGGAAUACGCCUGUAAAGUGAGGAAAAAAAGU